CGCUGGAAUCUUUGCAUCUGCCGCGAAGCCCAAUACGAAGACAAGGCGCGUGCGAGACUUACUUGUUUUUUUUUAAUUUUCCUCGCUCCGCACUUUUGGAAGAAAACGUCAGGGAUUCGCAAAACCACCUGUAUCUAGCGUCCAUGGGCAAUGUGAGUUAAACAGCCUUUCGGCUGGCCAAACCUUAAUAUUUCUGUACCGUACGAACUGCGCUGGGUUGAGUACACUGAAAAAAGCCGCGCGUAUAGGAGCGAUAAAAUGCGCAUUGGAGUCAGGGAUGCUCCUCAUGGCGUUUACGCGUGGGGAGACCACUGGGGCGUGUGUGCUGUUUGUGUUAAUGCAUGAGUGAGAGACUGAGAAAGGAAGAGAUAGGAAAGAAAAGAGACUCGUACAUUCGCCGCACACCUUCUACUGGCUCUUCGUGGGGAAUAUGAGGAUCUCGGGAGGACGCCAGAGAUAAACAGUAUUCCAGACUCCUGUCACAAAAGAAGACCACGGAACACCCUCAUCAGAGACCCCUUGUUUGAUACGAGGGGCGAUUGAAUAUCCAUGUAGGAAGGCGCAUCAGCAUCCAUCAUGAAUCCCAUGUCACAUCUGUACUACAAAAAGAGCAGCUACUCUCCGUACCGGGACCGAAUCCCUUUACAGAUUGUCCGGGCGGAGGUAGAGCUUUCCCCAGAGGAGCGUUCGUUCCUUUCGGCCGUGGAAAAGGGUGACUAUGCAGGGGUCCAGCAUGCACUACGUGAGGCGGAGGUCUACUAUAAUAUUGACGUCAACUGUGUGGAUCCAUUGGGCCGCAGUGCUCUACUAAUCGCCAUUGAGAAUGAGAACCUUGAGGUGAUGGAGCUGCUUCUGGAUCACGGAGUGAACACUGGAGACGCUCUGCUCUACGCCAUCCGCAAAGAAGUGGUGGGAGCUGUAGAGUUACUGCUGUCCCACAGGAAACCCAGUGGAGAAAAACAGGUUCCAUCAUUAAUGAUGGACGCACAGUUUUCUGAGUUCACACCUGACAUCACUCCCAUCAUGCUCGCCGCCCACACAAACAACUAUGAGAUCAUCAAACUCCUGGUCCAACGCAAAGUCACCAUCCCUCGGCCGCACCAGAUCCACUGUGACUGUGUAGAGUGUGUGUCCAGCUCUGAGGUGGACAGCUUGCGUCACUCUCGGUCCCGUCUCAACAUCUAUAAAGCGCUCGCCAGCCCCUCUCUCAUCGCGCUUUCCAGCGAGGAUCCCAUCCUAACAGCGUUCAGACUGGGCUGGGAACUGAAGGAGCUCAGUAAAGUGGAGAACGAGUUUCGACAAGAGUACGAGGAGCUUUCUCAACAGUGUAAGCUCUUUGCUAAAGACCUGCUGGACCAGGCACGUAGUUCCCGUGAACUGGAGACCAUCCUCAAUCACCGUGAUGACCAAAGCGAGGAGCUGGACCCGCGAGAAUGCCGAGACUUGGCCAAACUCAAGCUGGCCAUUAAAUAUCACCAGAAAGAGUUUGUGGCACAGCCAAACUGUCAGCAGCUCUUGGCCACACAAUGGUAUGACGGCUUUCCUGGUUGGCGGCGCCGUCACUGGGCAGUUAAGCUGGUCAUGUGUUUCAUCAUCGGCCUGCUCUUCCCUGUCUUCUCACUGGUCUACCUGCUGGCUCCUAAAAGCACACUGGGACUCUUCAUUAAAAAACCCUUCAUCAAAUUUAUCUGCCACACAGCCUCCUACCUCACCUUCCUCUUCCUCCUCCUCCUAGCCUCACAGCAUAUAGCACGCACCAACCUACACAUGCAGGGCCCUCCGCCCACUGUGGUGGAGUGGAUGAUACUACCUUGGGUGCUGGGCUUUAUUUGGGCUGAGAUUAAGGAGAUGUGGGACGGAGGUUUUAAUGAGUACGUCCAUGACUGGUGGAACCUGAUGGAUUUUGCCAUGAAUUCUCUCUAUUUGGCCACUAUAUCUUUAAAGAUCGUCGCGUAUGUCAAGUAUAACAGUUCUCGUCCACGAGAGGAAUGGGAGAUGUGGCAUCCAACGCUGAUCGCUGAGGCUUUGUUUGCCAUUGCUAACAUCUUCAGCUCGCUUCGGCUCAUCUCCCUCUUCACGGCCAACUCUCACCUGGGCCCGCUGCAGAUCUCACUUGGUCGUAUGUUGCUGGACAUCCUCAAGUUCCUCUUCAUCUACUGUCUAGUGCUUCUGGCCUUCGCCAAUGGACUCAACCAGCUAUACUUUUACUACGAGACCGAGGCAGCCGAUGAACCCAACCACUGCAAAGGGAUCCGCUGCGAGAAACAGAACAAUGCAUUCUCUACGUUAUUUGAAACCCUUCAGUCACUGUUCUGGUCGAUAUUCGGCCUCCUGAAUCUGUAUGUAACAAACGUGAAAGCUCGGCACGAGUUCACAGAAUUUGUUGGAGCCACUAUGUUCGGCACUUACAACAUCAUCUCAUUGGUGGUUCUUCUCAACAUGCUCAUCGCUAUGAUGAACAACUCCUACCAGCUCAUCGCAGACCAUGCUGACAUAGAGUGGAAGUUUGCUCGAACCAAGCUGUGGAUGAGUUAUUUCGAUGAGGGCGGAACACUCCCCCCACCGUUCAACAUCAUCCCCAGUCCUAAGUCAUUCUGGUACCUGUGUCGAUGGGUACACGGGCGGCUCUGCGGGUCGGAGGCUGCUCUGCCUGAAGAAGACCCCCAUAAACAUGAGAGUCUGAAGGAGUUUACGGAAAAGCAUGCUGACAGGCUAAUACAGAAUCAGCAUUAUCAGGAGGUCAUCCGUAGUCUAGUGAAGAGGUAUGUGGCGUCCAUGAUCCGCAGCGCCAAGACAAGCGAAGGGCUGACGGAGGAGAAUUUUAAGGAGCUGAAACAGGACAUUUCCAGUUUCCGCUAUGAAGUUUUGGACCUUCUGGGUAACCGAAAGCCGCCCCGGCGGAACUAUUCCUCCAGCAGCGAGGCCACGCUUCGAGAUGAGGUCAGUGAUGAUGGCGAGGCCUGUCACCAUAGCGACGGGAGCAGCAUUGGGGCCAAGGGUGUGUCUUUCAAAACUGUUACACCCUCGGAUCCGUCGUACGGAGUCUCUGCCCUCUUUCGCUCCAUCUCCGGAAUGGAGGUCGCUACUACUACGACGACGGUGCCACCAUCUGCAAACAGGGAGGGUAAACCAAAGAUCAACGGACUGAGGAAGAACCCCUCGCCCUCCUCGUCCCUGUCCUCAGUGGCUCCAGCAAGACCUGCACUUUCACGAACUUGGAGGCGGUUGUCCCGCUUCUCUAGUUCCAAGAAGAACUCUUUCAGACGGCUCGGCCUGCUGUUCUCACGCAUGGGAAGCCACCUUCCGCAGCCGGCAGGUGUCACCGCUGCAACCUACACUAUCUCAGAUGGAUUGCUUCACCCGCCGGGGGCUUGGAACGAUUUGGGCUUCACCAGGGGUGUCGGUCCCGUCACCAGAAGCGAUGCCAACCUUAAUCAGGUGGACAUGGGUGCUUUAAAUGAGGGUGACGGUGCCAUGACGACCAAUGGACAGAGAGCUAACGGAAGGGAUGCUUUACUGACAUUAGGACCUCUGUCCCCACCCUCUUCCCUGCACUGUGCUUCCAGUUUCUCCGCCUCCAGCUCCCGCCUCCUGGACUCAAAUGAGGACGUGUUCCAGGGAUUGGUCGGGCCCUGUGGUGGACAAAUCCCAGACUCCUCCCGCUGGGUAACGGAACAGGACGAUUCGUUGACCACACAGCUAUAGUAUUGCUAGUAUGUACUGUACAGCACUUUGAUAACAACAAUAAUGAGUGAUGAUAUCAAUAACUAUGACCUUAACCACAACCGAUUCUUCUGUUCCUUCUUUUGUUUGCUGCUGCAAUGUUUGUAACUUCUUUCUGAAAUUUAACCAAAUCAGAAGUUAUUUACAAGAGAUAUGGGAUGAGUGUAUUCAGAAUAUAGAGAUUCAGAAUAUAGGGACAGAAAAGUGACAUCAUCAGAGAAAUGCAGGCUUGAAUUUUUUAUCUUCAUUACAUCACAUUGUUCACCCAACAGUGAAAAUUCUGAAAUCUGUUUAUCAAUUUCAUGUCAUUCCAAACCUGUUUGAUUUUUUCCUUCUUCUAUAGAACACAAAAGAAGAUUUUGGCUAACACUGACUUCUAUUAACCAUUUUCUUAAGUUUCUUAAGAAGGUUACAGUAAAACAAACACAUUGCAGAAUGUUACUGUUGGGAUCCAACCCAUCCAUUUUUUUUAUUUUUUAUUGUUAAUUCAUUAUUGUUAUAUUACAUUAGUAAAAUAAUUUGCGAGUGCUGUUUCAUGAACUCUAAACCACAGGAAUCAACCGAUUCAUGCCAUUCAAAUUUUAAUUCAACUUUAUAUCUCCAAUGUGACCAGAAGCAUUGUCAGUUCAUGUAUUUCUUUUUUAUAGAAAGUUCUCAUUGGAAACUGUACUUGAGCGAGAAACACAUCUGAUAUGGACCUACAGUGUAUGUUUAAGGACAUCAUGCUCUUGGUGGAACAGGUUUGAUGUUUGUUUGUUUUUCUCAGUAACUGAUCAGUGAGCCGUUGGCACUCAUGCGGUGAAGGUUUUUCACUUUAGUGCUAUUAUAUGUGCACAUCAUAGUGUGACAUUACUCAUGUUAUGCACCCGGAGGGCUGAAGUUAUGCUAGAAUCUAACAUGACUGAAAUCUUAUUUUUGUAUUCUGAAUAGCAUGUACAAAUGAUUUAAUUUCAAGACUGUUUUAGUCUAGACAGACAUUGUUUAUACAUUAUACUAUUAUAAUGUUUUUGGAGCUUUUCUUUGACUGCUUACUUUUUACUGUAUGUGAAUAUUAAUUAGUACAUUAUAAUAAUCAGGUAUAGGGGAGAUGUCCUAAGACAUGCAUCGAAUAAGACAUCCCCCUGCUCUGCGAUGAUGAAUGCUGACGAACCAUACACAGUGCCAAUGCUAAAAUAUUCAGACUUUAGGCCAACUCUGAUAUUUUACUGUAUUAUGAAUAUGGUAUUGAUGUAGUAAGAGGACAUUUUUAAUUUGACAUGGUUUUAUGUUGGAGAAUAUAUAUAAAAAGUGGUGAAGGAGUGAAAAUUAUCUAAACAUUAGCAUAAAUAAUCAGAUUGAGGAUAUUUAACAAUGAAAGUAUUUAUAUUAAAAAAAUUCAACAAAAAGAUUAUUGUCCUAAGGUCACUGUUUUAACAUUUCUGAGUGAUGCUGUCAGCUUCUGAAAUAUUUAACUGCAGGGGCUGAAUGUUACAAAACAAUGUCACAUUUUAGGAGAUUUGUUUCAGUGCUUUCAAAUGAAACCUCACAAAGGGCACAAUUGCAAUGUGGGACUGUGAAAUCCAGUAACAUGACAGAAUUGGUCAAGGCCUGAUUACUUUUGGCAAAGGCGCUGUAAAUGCUUAUGUAAACACUUGAAUGGAAUACUUGCUCCUCUUGUAUGAUUCUUACCACUUUCUACUUUUCCUUGGAAAUGUGUGAACAUACGAUGAAGAUAAAAAGUAUUUCUGACAGCCAGAAACUGAACUCAAGGGAAUGCUGAAUAUGCAGAUUCAAUAAAGCUGAA